ACUGGUCUAAAAUUUUCACCGGAUCAAAAAUUUACUACAGAUGUUUGUCGCCUUGCGAAGGUCAUUAUUCAAUUCAAUAACACUUACCGGCAAAAUAACUUCGGCAAAAGCUGCACAGCAUCGUAGCAUAUUAUCAACAGCAAAUCAGUGGAAUCUCGAUUAUAGCACAUCCUGCAACAUGUCUAAAACUGCAUUGGUUAUACUCGCUCCCGGGUCUGAGGAAAUGGAAUUCGUUGUAGCCGCUGAUGUCUUGCGUCGUGCCGGGGUUAAGGUAACCGUGGCAGGCCUGCUCGGUGCGGAUGCAGUGAAAUGCUCCCGUGAUGUCUGCAUUGUGCCCGACACAUCUUUGGAGAUAGCAAAGGGCGGUAUAUUCGAUGCUAUCGUUUUGCCCGGAGGGCUUGGUGGCGCAAAGGCAAUGUCUGAGAAUGCAGUGCUUGGCGCACUGCUCAAAGAGCAAGAAGCAGCUGGACGUAUUGUGGCAGCUAUUUGCGCUGCCCCUACCGCGCUUGUUGCGCAUGGCAUUUGCUGUGGCAAGAGUUUGACUUCGUACCCUUCGGUUAAGGAUAAAUUGGAGGGAUCGUACAAAUAUGUUGACAACGAAAAGGUGGUACAGGAUGGUAACUUGAUUACCAGUCGCGGUCCUGGCACAGCUUUUGAUUUCGGUUUAAAACUUGCAGAAGUUUUAACUAGUGCCGAUAAAGCUAAAGAGGUGGCCAAGGGAAUGCUCUUGGCAUAAAGCUGCAUAACAGCGAGUGAUAGAAGGUGUACCUAGUUGAACUAAAAACUGUUUUGUCUAACUUUAUUUAUGGAAGAGAUAUUAAAUAUUUCUAUAAAAUUCGAAUAAAAAAACGCUUAAGGAUAUAUUACGAUGAAAUAA